AUGUCUAAAAUAGUUUUUGUGCUUUUUGUGGUUGUAGUGAAUGUUGUAUCCGGAAAGAUUGUUAAUAAGUGGAAAUGCCCGGAAGUGCGCGCCGCUCCCCACUUCGAUUUGGCCCAAAUGCUUGGAGAUUGGUUCGUCGUGGAAUACUAUGCCAGUGCUGAAGAAGCAUUAUCAUACAGUUGCAUGAGAGCUGUCUUCACUGAGGAUGAUCAUGUACAAGCUGAAGACGGAACGAUAGAAUGGACGCCCGCUAUGACGAUGAAUUUUACCUACCGGUACGCAGACGAUCCUAUUGGCGAGAAUUUGUAUGGAAAUAUCACUUGGAGGGUUGACCUGAAUGAGCCCGCACAUUGGACUCAUUCUGAACGAACCUAUGAUGGUAUUUACAACACAUACGUACUAGACACGGAAUAUAAGACCUGGGCUCUCCUACUGCAUUGUGCUGAGCAAAGAGAAGGAACUCGGUAUUUGACUGCUUUUGUUUUGUCGAGAACUACGGGACUGCCGAAAAACGUCAUGGCAUACUUGAGGGAUAAGCUACCGAGAUACGACGUCGAUAUCAACUACGUAUUUCCUAUACCGCAUAAAGAUUGUUCCGACAAGCCAGCGAGACCUGAUGAUUCACCUGUUCUCGUGGAAGUUGGAAGCAAAGUACCUUUAAGACCUAACGUCAGCUACAAGAUCUCUUUUGGAAAUUAG